AUGGUCACUGUUCGGUGCAUUCUUUCUCUUGCCACUGCCCAAAAUUGGUCACUUCACCAACUUGAGGUGCACAAUGCUUUUCUUCAUGGGGAUCUCCAUGAGGAAAUCUAUAUGUCUCUGCCUCCUGGUUGUCAGCGACAGGGGGAGAAUUUGGUAUAUCGCCUCAACAAGUCUCUAUAUGGUUUAAAACAGGCAUCUCGACAGUGGUUUGCAAAGUUUUCAAAAGCCAUACAAGCUGCAGGCUACACCCAAUCCAAAGUUGAUUAUUCACUCUUCACUUGCAAAAAUGGGAAGUCUUUUACAGCUCUCUUAAUUUAUGUCGAUGACAUUCUGAUUAUAGGAAAUAAUGUAGUUGCGAUUAAUUCUCUCAAACAGUUUUUGCACACUGGAUUCCGAAUCAAAGACCUUGGUGAUUUGAAGUAUUUUUUAGGGAUUGAAGUGUCCCGUUUCAAGCAAGGUAUAUGCAUCUCCCAGAGGAAAUACACCUUGGAGAUUCUCAAAGAUGCAGGUAUUUUGGGAGCACGACCAGUAAGUUUUCCCAUGGAACAAAACAUCAAGCUCUCAAAUGAAGGGGAGAUACUCAAGGACCCCGCCAAGUAUAGAAGGCUCGUGGGACGUUUAAUCUACUUGACGAUCACACGGCCCGAUAUCACAUAUGCUGUACAUGUGCUCAGCAGGUUUAUGCAUGAGCCGCGCGUCCCACAUAUGGAUGCAGCGGUUCGAAUCUUGAGAUACCUUAAAUACACUCCAGGCCAAGGAAUACUCUUUCCAACACAGGAUGACUUAAAGUUGAAGGCGUUUUGUGAUUCUGAUUGGGCGGGGUGUCCGACGACUCGCAGGUCGACCACAGGUUACUUUGUGUUUCUGGGAAACUCGUUGAUCUCUUGGAGGACAAAGAGACAGAAGACUGUAUCUCUCUCUUCAGCGGAAGCUGAAUAUAGAGCCAUGGCUAGCACAUGUUGUGAGCUCUUGGUUGCGGUGUCUAUUACAAGACUUGCAACUAACAGAUUCAGAACCAGUCACACUACAUUGCGACAACCAAGCUGCAUUACAUAUAGCUGCUAA